GCUGACGCUGGUCUCGUUUUAUUUUAUGUUAACGGGAGUGAUCUUGCGUACAAACAAUAACACGGAAUCGCAGUGAAAGGGCGUUGCACAAAUGACAGUGUUUUGGCAAAAUGCCCGGGCUAGUUUUGACCACGUUUAGCAGUGCCUAGAAAGCAAAGUGCGCGACGCUAAAACAAGAGAACCGCGACAAAACAAAACGCGGAAACGCAUAAAAGUGAAAAAAACCCAAAACGCAGACAGCGAACUUUGGACACAGACAAUCGCAAACACGCAAGGAAAACAAAGAAAAACGAAGAAAUGUCGGCGCAGCGUCUAAAUGCAGCGGAGCGGGAUUUGGAGAAGUUCAUCAAGUUCCUGGUCCUGAAGUCCACCCAGGUGGUGGUGCAGUCCCGACUGGGCGAGAAGAUGCAGACGCAGUGCAAUCCACUGGCGGGCAGCGAUUGGUUCAACAUAGCCGUGCAGGAUCAUCCGGAGGUCCUGGACGAGACCAAGCGGGCCCUGAACCUAAAGACCGGAGAGAGCAUUCUGCAGCGCCUGCCGUUGUGCGUGGAAAUAUCGCUGAAAACGACUGAGGGUGACCAGAUGGUGUUGGAGGUGUGGUCCCUGGACCUGCUCCAGCCCCAGAAUGGUUCCUCCCCGGCCACCAAUGACGUGAACACCGAGGGUCAGACCCUAAAGGCAGCCCACGCCAUCUACAACCGCAUGGGCAUUAUGCUCAAGUCCCUCAUAUCGCUGACCCGCACCACGCCCGCAUACAAGUUGUCCCGGCGCCAGUGUCCCGAUUCGUAUGGCAUCUUCUACAGGAUCUACGUGGACAGGCCGCAGGUCCACACCCUGGGCGAGGGUCACAAGCACGUAAAGAUCGGACAACUCAGCACGAUUGUUGGCUCGUUGGUCAUGUCCGUGGCCUACCGCACCAAGCUGACCAUCUCGCCCACGGCUGCCCAGUCAGAGAGCAACACCAUCAUGCUGAAAUCGGAUCACUUUAGACCCGCCACGGAUGCCAAUACACCUGGCAACCAGCAGCAGCUUCAAAAUGGCACUGCCGUGGCCAAGAAACUGGGUCUGGGUGCCUUUAAUCCCGCCCAGGGGACAGCCGAUCGGCGCUUUAUUGAUAUAGAGAAGCCGUUGCGACCGGGAGCCUUCACAGAUAUGGGCAAGCUAAAGCAGUACACUGAAGACGACUUUGUGUUGCCAGAAACUCCGCCUUUCGAGUGGCUUUUACGGGGACGCGGCUCUGUGGAGUCCCUCAAUCGCCUGGAUAACAAUUCGGUCGCCAGUGUGAACAGCAGUAAUAACAACAACAAUGCGCAGGAGAGUAAAUUCAACCUGAUUAGCAAUCUCAACAACAACUCUGCUGGUUUCAAGAGCUUCGAAAAGAACUCGGAAAACUCAGUAUCGCCAAUAAAGAGCCUGCUGAUCCCCGCCAGCGCCACAGCCACAUAUCGUCACCAUUCAGAGCCGGCGCUACAACCACCGCCUGAUGAUGAUAAUCUGCUAAAAGAGCUCCACUUUCCCUUCGCCUCGCCCACGUCGCACGUAAACGAUCUGGCCAAGUUCUACAGGGAAUGCUAUCAUGCACCACCGCUGAAGGGUCUCAAUGAACUGCAGGCAGAGAUCUCAUCGCUUUCCUCGACCCCGCCAGCAAGCAGUGGCUCCAGCGGAGGACCAGCAUGCGGUCCAACGGCAGCGGCCACAGCGAUCGCUACCAGUGCCGCCGACGCCAGCGCCAUGGACGAUCUGUCCCGGCAACUGGAGCAGUUCGAGACGUCGCUGGAGGACUACGACAAGCUGGUCUCGCAGUUCGGACUUACGGGCUCCUCGUCGACGGGUAGCCGCAGCAGUGGCGGCCUCCAAAUGAGCAACUGAGUGGAGUAAUGCCUCUAGUUAUGUCAUUAGUUAGUUUUUAUUUAUAAAGGGGCGGUCAAUAUGAAGAGAGGCAAGGACAACCUAAAAUAUCAAGGAAACCUUUAGAAAGAUUGCUUGAGAAAGUGUAGGACUAAGGUUUAGCUUUUCUUUUCCCUAUAAUUUCUCGUUAAGAAAGCGGAAUGUUUAUAUUUUUUUAAAACAACCUACUUUCUUAUCAGCUAACAAAUGUUGCAUAAUGAUAACAGAAUAUUUUCAAAGAACUCUCCAGGACAAAACUGGAUUUCUUUCUGACCUAUACUUUUGCUUGAGCCCUCGCAUAUACAUGUUUUAAGAUUGUCAACUAAAAUCUAGACCCGCCCCCAUAUUUAUGUAUGCCAUUGUGUUAAGUAGAGUUGAUAGGCUGCUAUUUGAUAUUACCCACUAUGUAAAUACUAUAUAUAUAGGCUUUUGUAGGCUCUAGGACCGUCUAAGAUGUACAUACAUACAAACAUAUAUAGGAGUACAGAGCUCAUGUCACGUUUCAAAGUUUACGAUGCAGCAGUUUAGACCCUAGACACAAAUACAUAAGUAAGUGCCCCAUGCAAAUGCAUAUAGACUUCUAGGCUAUAUAGCUUGUGCAUAUGGUAGUAAGUUGGGCGUACUCGUCGCUUGUUUGUUUGUUUGUUUCUUUGUUCAAGUGCCUUUCGCCCGCUUGUGAGUGAAAAAAUCGUGUAUGUACAUAAAUAACUAUAGAUAACAGCAAUUAAUCAGAAAGCCAAAAGGUUUAUUUUUGCCGGAAGUCUGCAAGAAAGAACUGUUCGAUCUAUGCAAAUGCAUAUCCACUAAUCGAAAGAGCGAAACUAAUCGAAAGACUUGAAGCAUAACGAAAUAUAUCUAUCCUAACUUAGUUGGCACUGUCAGGAAGUCGAAAAGAACAGCUGGUGUUUUCUUGUAUCUUUAAUCGUUGGUCGCUGUUGCUUAUUUAUUUGUUCCACAAUUGCAAAAUUAUAUGCCUAUGAGAAUCGAAAUUCGAGAAUACAUUUAAACUACACUAAACGAUAAGAGUAAGAACAUUUAUACAUAUAAACAAUGAAUAAAAGCAAUUCUUAAUCAAGACACUAA